GUGUCCUGUUCAGCAAGAUUUUGACCAUAUAUGGCUUCCAAGCUGACUGUUUUUGUUUCUAGCUUAUAAGCACAAUGAGCAUCUGGUGCUCCGCUUAACUUGGCGUCUUAAAAGCAACGACGUGUUCCCAGAGGUGCUUCCUGAAAUUCAAUGGCUUUAUUAAUGGUCAUUUUCGCGCUACUUUUCAUUUCAAAAUUACCUAAGCCAGGAGAAUGCCUAGAUUUAAGUCAAGCCGUCUUCCAAAAAAUUGAACAAAGGUACUUGAAAAAUCAUGUCAUCGACAAAAAGCAGGCAAGAGAUGAGGUGGAAUGUGUCAUGUAUUGCUUGGAAAAUGAAUCAUGCGCGUCUGUGAAUUUCAAAAUUUCUGGAAAGCUAAAAGGUCUUUGUGAACUCAAUAAUUCGACGCUUACUGACAUAUCUGGCAUACGCAACCCAGAAUACAACCAUCUUUACAAAGUCGAAAAGAAGAAAGAAGAUUUUGUCCCACCAACUUUCCAGCCUCACACAGCACAAAUAUCAGAUGAUUCACGCCUAACAGGUUUCCGACUCAACAGUUCAAUUCUGAAGAAGACAAACGUUUCGAGCAAAGCUGAAUGCAUAUCAUCGUGCAUAAAAGAACCAUGUUGUAGAUCUCUGAACUACAAGGAAAGUUCACCGCAAGCUGAGGCUAGUGUCUGUGAGAUGUUACACGAUGUGAUCCAUAAUACGUCGAAACAGUUGCAAGAGAAUAGUUUUUACGAUUACAUUUAUUUUAAAGAGUCACAGAAGGUAUACAAUGAACGAUGCACCAAAAAAGGAGAUUAUGAUCUGAAAUUUGAAAGCGCUCAAAACUUUACUCUACUUGACCAAAAUGUGCCGAAGAUGUCUAACAUGACACUAAUGUUCUGGAUGAAUACGCUGAAAGCAGACGAAAUUACAGUUUUUUCCUACAGAACGAGGGAAGGUGCCGAGGAAUUUAUGCUUAAAAUGAAGAAAGAAAGGAUAAUCCUUGAAGUUCAAUCGCUUAAAAAGUAUUUCUUUAUUCCGCCAAUCAAUGACGGUUACUGGCAUCACGUGGCGGUAACAUGGUCUCUUGGAAUAUACAGUGUUUCUCUUGAUGGUAUAUUAGUGUACAGUGGUGAUGGUCUUUCUUCUGGCAAACCGUUGAAAAAUGAUGGUGUCUUUGUUAUCGAGAGUUCAUUCUCGGGCAAAUUGAGUCAAUUAAAUGUAUGGAGUGAUUUAAAGUCUGCUACUGCGGAUCUCGAUAUAAAUUCCACUACACAAAGCUGUUUAACUGACGAAGUUGGAAAUGUUAUUAAUUGGCGCUCCCUUAAGGACAGCUAUCAUGGUUGUGUGGUUGGCAUAGAACUAAUAAGUUCGUGUAAGCCGCUUCGAAAGAAUCCUGAUUAUGACUUUAUCAUGGUAAAACCAUCAUCAAUCGACGUUAACAAGAUAAAUUUAGGAAAUAUUUCAAGUCUUGAGGCUUUCACAAUAACAACCUGGUUAAAACACGAAGAGAGGACGCAAUAUGACUCAAAAUCUAUGGAAUAUGUUGAUUACAGGAAUGCUAACGGAACAAAGUUGGUAUCACUUUAUUUUGCUGCAGAAUAUUUCAUCUUGAAAAUAAUCGGAACUUUUGCAAGUUGUGUCUUGCGUAAAUGA